AUGGCUCAUGGAGCACACCGACUUGAAGCUGGCGGACACCUUUGCCAAGGAGCCAAAGCUGGAAGCUUACAUGCGCCCGGACGCAGAGAGAUGGGCCAGCAAGUGACGAGUUGGGCAUUGCUGAGUGGACGCAAAAGCAUAGGCCAGAUGGAGCAGGACGAGUUUAUCGAAAGGUUCAUGCCUUUGUCGCGGCAGCCCACCUUUGAGCUUCGCGCCUGGGAAGCGCUGGAGUGGUUCCGUGUCAUGGACGAAGACGGGUCAGGCACCAUCACGGUGAGCGAGAUGCUGAAUUGCAUGCUGGAGAGCGAGGACCUCCUGCAGGCAGUGAUCCGCCACCGGCUGUUCGUCGGAACCCUUGCUGGAGGGCCUCGCUCUGUGCAGUUGACCGUGGCAGAGCCCGAUCCGGAGAAAGAGGGGGAGGUGUUGCUGCACUCAGCGAAGGUCGGCACCCGCACCCCGGUGCUGUUGGGGCUCUUCAAGCCAGAGGCGCAUGUGACCAAGGAGAUGUUGCUGCGGUGGGAGAACCUGUUGCUGUCCAUCAUUGAGAACUCCCCAGCUGAAGGCGCAGCACUACAGCCUCCGCGACAACGAGCUGCAUGA